AUGUUUCUGAUCUACGCCGCGCUCUUCGUCUUCGGGGCGACGUCUUGCCACGCCGCGCGCAUCGGAGGCAAGGAGGCCUCCGGCCUGGACGGCACAGACGCGCUCGUGGAUGCGUCCGCGUCAGCUGGAGAUGGAGACUUCCCCGCCUGGGCGUCGAAGGGCAGCCAGGUCUCUUACCAGGGCGAGCCAGCAACUGUCCUUGCCGUCGAGAUGGUGCCCGUGGUAAAGUUGGACAUUGGCGGGCAGACGAAGUCGGUGGCCCUGAAGUACGUGACGCCGCCCGAGGAGGACGACGACGAGGGGGGACAGCAGGAGGAGGGCGAGGAGGCAGGGGCUGAGAUGAACGUGCGGCAGAAGAUUUUCUGCGAGGUCUGCCUGGAAGGCGUCCGGUCGUCUUCGAAUUACGUCCCUGCGAAGACUAUGUUGAACGGCACCAUCGAUCCUCAGACGAACUUGGGGAGGCUCAAGGAAUGCAGCCCCAGCGAGCGAGACCUCUGGACCCGCGACGACAAGUUCACCAUCUACAUGCUCGGGAAGCCCGUGCCGGACGGCUGCCCCAGCCAGCGGCGGGCGCCGUACAUCGUGGGCAAGUUGUCCCUCGCCAGGCGGAUCUGCAAGCAGGCCAUCUCCAAGGGGCCGCGGAGCUACCCGAGCUGCACCGACUUCGUGAACAAGCAGGCGGCCACCGGGUCGAAGCGCCAGGUGGAGUGCACGAAGGGCAGCCUGUACACGUUCCGGUGA